UUCGAAACAAGUUCUCUUCCAUGUCCCCACCCUCCUAAAACCGUAGAGACCCUAAACCAGUGAGCUUCAAGAAGUUAUUAUUUCCAGAGCAUACUUGAUGUAAUUUAAUACAAGAAGAAUAUCUUUAAUAAACGCCUUUUUCUAUAGUUAUGUGCCGAAAUGGAGGAUUUAUUAAUUAAUGCUCGUCACCAUUUGUGUAUGCGGAAUCCCAAGUUCAUUCGUAUCGGUCUUCGACAAUUGGAAUCCAUUCUAUACCAUAUUGCACGACCUAGUAAUAUUCAUGACAAGAUUCCGAAAGAGAUCUUUUUAAAGCUGCAAGACUCCCAUCUAUACAACUCUGUUGUUCCUUGUAUAUAUGCGCUGGACAGCCUUUUGGAUUAUCAACAAAAUGAUGAAGCUUAUUUUGAAGACUAUGUCUUCAUUCAACGUUUAAUGGAUGAUUUGUUGCAUGUUAUUGAAGGCCUGGUAUUAAUCCAUCCUAUGUCUCAAUUGUUUUUUGAGGAUAAAACCACCUUACACCUUUUUAUACAGAUAUUGGAACCAAGUCAGAUUAGAAACCUUCAAGUGGCAGCUUUAAAAGCACUCGUAUGUAUUAUGGUGGACCGUCCUCUUGUUGUCCGACUGUUUGAGUCAAUUGGUGGUCUACACCAUAUUUGCAUGUUAUUUAAGCACAAACAAACUAGUCAGGAUACUCGUUUACAAAUCCUUGAAUUUUUUUAUUUUUAUUUAUCUCCGGAACCUUACAAUAUGGAGGAUUUACCCUACCGUAAAACCCGAGCGGAAAAGCAAGUCUAUCUUUCAAAAUAUCUUUCCAAUGUUCAUGACUUACGGAAAGACCUAGAUACUUUUAAACCUUUUGGUAAAUUAGACGAGACAUUUGAUUGAAAUUUUGGAACAUCUACUUUAUUUCUAUUGCAUUUUCAGAUUAAUUGAAUUCCAUUCAUACCCAUAAGUUAGAUUAUUUUCAUAUCAAUAAAUUAUUUUUAGCAUGUCAAGUCAAUGCGAUCCCAUAUGUCAAGAAUCCA